CUUUACUCUCACCGCAAACCCAGAAGCAGAAACAGCUCCAACAAGCAUCUCUGUCACAAGAAGCAGAGGAAAUGCUGCUGGCAAAAGCUCCUCCUGCUCCAAUACCUGCAAACUUGAGCGCCAAACCUAAACCAAGACUUCUUGAACCCAACUGGAAUUCAUCGUUCAAACGGUAUGAGAGGGGUCUCAGAUUGGUUGUCAGAGCUGGGUAUACUCGCACGCCCAUGGAAACUCCUGGAGCUUAUCAGCUUGUCGAUGAUGACACUGGUGAAAAGUUCAUUGUUUGGGGAGGAAGUGACGAUUCUCCUUCUCCUUCCAAAGACAUUCUCUCGUGGAAACCAUCCACCGCUAACACUUUGAAUAAAAAGGAACAGUUCAAUCGUCUGGAUGAUGCUAGAGAUGCAACGACUUCCAUUACUGGAAUUGAGGGUGUGCCAGCUACUACAGCAAGUGGUUCUCUAACAGCAUUUCACAGGGGGUCUGCAGGAAAUUUUGGGAGGCUAAAAGCACAGAGAGUGAGAGCUCUUGUCAAAAAUACUUCUCAGACAAAGCAAACUGUAAGUGAAAAUGAUGACAAGCUAUUUGUGAAAAAUAGGUCAUUUGGUAAGUCUGUCAUUUCACACCCUAAACUUGAAGAUAUUGGGAGAAAGCAGAAAGAAAAUGCAUUCAGAAAUAGAGGAAUAGUUGCAGGAGCUUCCCAGUCUCAAGAAGUCAGCGACAUGAUGCAAAUAAGAGGGACGUCAGAUGAUUUUGAUCAUUCUGAUAUAACUCCGAAACAAGGUUAUCAAAGCAAACCAGCUAAACAUUACAAAUCUGACACUGAAACUCGGAUAUCGGAAAUUUCAGCUCCAAGAGUUUCUGCUCGUAACUUAAGAGGUUGGGGCAGGGGAGGUUCCAUGCAUAACUCUAGAUCUGAAUCUUCAGACUUUCUAAAGCCAAGGAGGAAGUUGUCCCCUGGCAAUGGCUUUUUUAGUAAAAAAUCCUUUAGAGACUUGGGCUGCAGUGAAUUUAUGAUUGCAUCUCUAAGGGAGCUGCUUUUCUUGCGCCCUUCACAUAUUCAGGCAAUGACAUUUCCACCUGUUAUUGAGGGGAAGAGCUGUAUUAUAGCUGAUCAAAGUGGAUCUGGGAAGACAUUGGCAUAUCUUGCACCAAUAAUUCAGUGUCUUAGGGAAGAAGAAAUGCAAGAACUUAGCAAAAGCUCAUCACAAAAUCCUCGAGUUGUUGUCAUGGUACCAACUGCUGAGUUGGCUUCUCAGGUUUUGUGUAAUUGCAGAGCGAUCUCAAAAUUUGGUGUACCAUUCAAAUCUAUGGUUGUGACCGGUGGUUUUCGGCAGAAAACUCAAUUGGAAAAUUUACAACAAGGUGUCGAUAUUCUAAUUGCAACACCUGGCCGGUUCUUGUUUCUGAUCAAAGAAGGCUUCUUGCAGUUAACAAAUCUAAGAUGCGCUGUCUUGGAUGAGGUUGAUAUACUCUUCAAUGAUGAGGAUUUUGAAGUAGCAUUGAAAAAGUUGAUAAAUUCUUCACCUGUUACUACACAAUAUCUAUUUGUGACCGCAACUUUACCACGAGAGAUAUACAACAAACUAGUUGAAGUAUUCCCUGAUUGUGAAGUGAUCAUGGGACCUGGUAUGCACCGUGUAAGCCCUGGCCUUGAAGAGGUUCUUGUAGACUGCAGUGGAGAAGAUGAGAUUGAAAGAAAUCCAGAAACUGCUUUUUUGAAUAAGAAAUCUGCUCUUCUGCAUCUGGUGGAGGGAAAGCCAGUUUCCAAGACAAUUGUUUUCUGUAACAAGAUUGACACAUGUAGAAAAGUUGAGAAUGUAUUAAAACGUUGUGAUAGAAAAGGAACUCGCGUCCAAGUUCUACCCUUCCAUGCUGCUGUGGCUCAAGAAUCAAGGCUUGCAAAUUUCAAGGAGUUUACCCGUUCUCAGGCAGAUGAAGUCUCUCGGUUUUUGGUUUGCACUGAUAGAGCAUCCCGUGGAAUCGACUUUACCGGGGUGGAUCAUGUUGUACUCUUUGACUUCCCGCGUGAUCCAAGUGAAUACGUGCGUCGGGUUGGGAGAACAGCUAGAGGUGCCGGUGGGAAGGGUACGGCAUUCAUCUUUGUGGUUGGGAAGCAAGUUUCCCUUGCACGAAAGAUAAUGGAAAGAAACCAGAAGGGUCACCCAUUGCACGACUUGCCAUGUGCAUGUUAGGUGAAUGAGAGAGAGCUCAAUAGCUCAUGCAAAUUGCAAUUGCUGGUUUUAGUUUUCAGAUGCACUGCAUUCUGGGGAAACAUGCAGCAUAUUUGAGUUUCUUCAAUCUCUCAGCCAGCCAAUGUUUUACAUAGUUGCUACUUUGUAUUGUUUUCAUCUGAAAAGAAAAGAAGGAAAAUGAAAAAGAUACUUGCACAACUC